AUGGUGGCCACCACCUGCGAGGACAACAGGACCACGUGCCCCUCCCCGGGGGCGGACAGCGCGCGCCGCAGCACUCCCACUCCCCGGCGGAGAGCUGCGCGCCUCUGCACCUACCCGCGCCCCAACGCGCCCGGGCCGCCCCCCCCAGGAUCGGGCCGGGGCGGGGGCCGCGGCCAGGGAGGGGGAGGCGCGGACUCACCCCGAGCGCCGCCGCCGCCGCCGCAGCCGCCCAGAGCGCCCGCCGCGGUGCCCGCGCGGCUCCGCCCCUCGCCCCUGUCGCAGGUCCGCGGCUCCUCCCCCUGCGCCCCCUCCCGACUCCCCCUCCCCCCCGAACCUGCGGCUCGAGGCCGAGUCGCGCGGCCGCCGCGAGGCUGGAGUGAGCAGCGGCCGGGCCACCGGCCUCUGGCCACGGGCCACCGCACGCAGCGCGCGCGCAGCCCGAACUCCGAGGUCGGGGGUCCAGCUCCCGAGGGUGGAAUCCAGUUUCUGUUUGAAUCUCUGCUGUGUCUAACCAGUUCCUGCGGGGAUGAGCGGAGGGGCACGGGGAGGGGGGCUCAGCCUUCCAGCUCGGAUCUGUUUUCCCCUCGGGGACUGAGAGAGACCGAGGCGGCCCAGGGGGGCCGGGACUGGGAUGCGGUGUGGCCGCACCAGCGCUCUACAUCCCCCACCCGCCCUCCCAGGACGCAGCCAGAGACGGAGCCCCUGGGCUCCCCCGCCGGGAGCCUGUCCAGGGAGGCAGGAGCCCUCCUUGCAGACCUGGACAUCCCGGAGGAUUUGCAGAUUUCCAGCUUGGGCAGGUCCAACAAAUCCUCAAAGCAGCAGCUGCGUGAGGUCAUUGCGGAAUAUGAGAUGCUUGACCGAGAGCUCCCGUGCAUCCGGAAAUUCCCCACGCAACCUUCGGCUCAGCCGCUCUGUCUGUGCAUGGAAACCGCGCCCGAGGAGGACCUUACCCACCUAGACGUGCUGGAGGCGCUGGAAGCCGUGUUACCCGGGGCCAUGGAGAGCGGGCACGUAGCCAGCAUCCGCUUUGAAAAUAUGAACGUGAUCUGUGGGACUGCUGGACGCCGGGACCGAUGGCUCAUCACGGUCUCCGAUUUCCAGACUCGCUCGCGCCUGCUGCGCUCGGGACUCAGUCCGCGCGGCGUCGCGCACCCGCUCGUGCGCCACGACGAGCUGCUGCUGGGCGACUACCGCCUGCACCUGCGGCGCGCCAUGGUCCGACGGCGCAUGCUCGAGGCGCUGGGGGCGGACCCGACCGAGGAUGUGUGAGCCUGGGGGCGGGCCCCGGCUGCGCUUCGCCCCGCCCCGCCGACUCGGGCGACCUAUCCGGAACCCGGGACCAGAGGGUGCGUGGCCUUCCCAGGAAGGAGGCGGGGCCGGCUCGAGGGGAUGGAUACUGUGAGUUUAAUUAUAAAGAAUGACCUGGUACAAAAGCCUUUUCUCUCUGCAAAAUCUUAGUGGGAGUCAGGGGGAAUAGGUGACGGGGGAGGGGGGUUUAAAGAUGAACCCCCAUGAUAUAUCCCGCCUCCCUCAAGUGGACACCUGGGUCCCAAACCCUUGAAGGAUAGUUGAGGGUAGUCCUGGGUGCCCGGCUUUCACCGCGAGUGACCCCGACUCAGCGAGACCCAGACGUCCUCAUCCGCCCCCCUCCUUUGCCUUCUACCACCGCCCCCUCUUGGAAGACAAUUCUCGGGCUUUUAUUUCAGGAUUUUUUUUUCUGGAAUUUUUUUUGUGUGUGUGUAUGUCCUAGGGUUCAUUUUUGUGUAUUUUUUGUUAUUGUUCCUCUUUUUACUUCGUCUCUCCUCUCUGCCCCCCCAUCCAGUCCCUUCCCGCUCCCUGCCCUCUCCUCCCCCCCUCCCACCCCUUUACACCCUCCCCAACCCCGCGGCACCCAUCCAGAAUGAACAAGCCCUUGGUAGAUGGGCGCCGCGCAGGCCCCUGCGGAUGUAGGUAUCUGACCAGGAGGAGGUGGCGGGGAGGGGCCUAACGCCACCCUCCUCCCUCCCCCAUCCCACGACCCUCCCACAAGGUUCCCCGCAGAUCCCUGACGUGGUGAGGGGAGAGGGCUGCGAGUACUCUCCCCCCAAGGACGGAGCAAGACCACCACCCGCUCAGGGGUAGGAGGCAGUGGGGGGCAGGGGCUGGGGGAGGGGGAGCUCCCUUCUUUGGCAGCUGAACACGGGGAGUAGGGGGACCUGAGGGUAGCGCCCUCCCCCCUUUACCCACAGUAGGGGAGGGGGCUUCCCAGGAGAAAGGGGUGGCUUAAAAUUCCCAAGCCCCAGGAAGAAGGGGGGAAGCGUGCGGGAAAGAACAGCCAGGCUGGAGGGGGACCAAUUUCUUGGGGAGAUGGGGGCAUCAUUUCCGUGCAAAACGAUGGACAAAUGGCCCAGAAGUGGGGUGAGGGGGAUACACCGCAGGGUGAUGAUGAGCAGGGGGAGGAGGGUCUCAAGCCUCAGAGAUGCAGUGCCUGAUGGCAGAGGGAGAAAGCACAAGUGGCUAAGAAUGGGCAGUGCCCUUGGGGGGGCGGGGCAGGGCGGGCAAACAAGCCGCAGAAAGAGGAAUGAGAGCCAGCCUAACAGCAAGUGAGUGGGGGGGGGGCGCGUGGGCUGCGGGGGUGGUCUCCUAGAGGGAGAGGGGUCAAGCUGCCCAGGGUGGGGUGGAGGGCUUCGAAGAACGAGUGGGAACUGAAGAACGAGUGGGCAGCAAAGCCAGAGUCUGCAAGAACCUUGUUUGCAAGGGGGAAGCAGAGGGCCAGGAGAGCGUGGAAGGGCCAGGGUGGGGACAGGUGCCACGAAGUCCCUCAAGGGGACAAGAAUGGAGCAAGAUUUGGAAAAGAAAGUUGGGCAAGGCAGAGCAGCUCUGCCCCAGUGUGAGAGAGAGAGAGAGAGAGACAGAGAGA